CAGCAGGAGCAGCAAAAGCAGCAGCAGCAGCAGAAGCAGCAGCAGCAGCAAAAGCAGCGGCAGCAGCAAGAAAAAGAACCGGCUGCAGCAGAGGGCGCUGCAGCUGCAGCUGCAGAGCAAGAAAGAGAGGCACCCUGUGCGGCGGAACCAGCAGCAGCAGCAGCAGCAGCAGCAGCAGGGCAGCAGCAACUUAGUGCUGCUGCAUGCGAGGAGUGGCUGCGCUCGCUGCUUCAAGACAGCAGCUACACGAGGCCUCGCGUGCUGCUGCUGCUGCCUUUCCGUUCGGCAGCAAAAGAAGUGGUGGACGCCAUGCUGCAGAUGCUGCCGCCGGGCUUCCAGGUUCUGAACGAGAAGAGGUACCGGGCGUCUUUUGGGCCGUCUGAAGAGGGUGGCGCUGCUGCUGCUGCUGCUGCUGCAGCAGCAGAGCAGCAGCAAAGCUUCCUGAAGGCGCGGCGGCCCCGGGACUUCAGGGCCACUUUUGGCGGCAGCAGCAGCGACAACUUCAGCCUGGGCAUUCGCCUCAGCAGCAAAUCCAUUUCUCUUUGCUGCUCGCUGCAGGGCAGCGACAUUCUUGUUGCUUCUCCCCUCGCCCUCCGCAUCCUCACUGGCGCAAAGGGCGAAGCAAAAAGGGAAUUUGACUUUUUGUCUUCUUUGGAAAUCAUUAUAAUUGACAGGGCAGAUAUCAUCGCGCUGCAGAACUGGCAGCUCCUCAAGGAGGUCUUGGAGGUGUGCAACCUGCCACCGCAGCGCUACACGUCUUUCGAUAUUCGGCGGCUGCGGCCCUCCAUGGCUGCUGCUGUGGGGCAAACAGAUCGGCAGCUAGUGGUUUGCUGCAGCGGGAGAAGCAGCAGAUUUGGAGCUUUGCUGCAGAGCUUUUCAGCAAACAGAAGGGGCUGUCUGCAGCUGUUUGAGCCUCGUCUUGCUGCAGUUUGCAUGCCUUUGGACAUUCCCUCGCGCGACCUUGCUGCUGCUGCUGCCGCUGCAGCAGCAGCCGCAGCAGCAGCAAGUGCCGGGGAGCAGGCGGGCGAAGCAGGUGAAAGGAGCGAGGCGGCAAAGGCAGUCGCGGCAGCAGAUGCUGCUGCUGCUGAAGUUGCUGCAGCGGCUGCUGCAGCAGACGCUGCCAUCUUGGAGGCAGCAGAAGCAGCAGCAGCAGCAGGACAGCCACGAGGCUUUGUUCCUGCUACUCUCCGCUGCAGCCGCGCCGGCGCCCAGCAGCUUUUCUGUUUAGUCAGCUGCAAAGCCUUCAAGCAUACUCAGAGAGACCUAAUAAACUACUUCUGCUCUAAUGUGCUGCCAACUUUGGGCGGUGCUGCUUCUCGCGUUUUGCUGCUGGUCAAUUCCUACUUGGAGAUCUGCAGACUGCGAGUGGCUCUGAAGGAGCACUGCAUCAGCUACACGACCUGUCACGAGUACACCUCAAAUGCUAAGCUCUCAAGGGCAAGGCAGUCGUUUCUCAAAGGGGAUGUGCCAGUGCUAAUAACAACAAGCCGCUUUUGCUUCUACCGCCGCUACCGCCUUUGUGGGGCCAAAAGAAUUAUCAUGUUGGGCCCUCCGUGCAGCGCUGAGGUGUACGUACACCUGGUGACGGAGUCGCUGCCGGCUGCGGCGGACGGCGCUGCAGCAGCAGCAGCAGCAGCAGCGACGGGCGCAGCAGCAGCAGCAACCGGCAGGGUCCAGGGCUCCGUCUUGUGUUACUUCACAGCUUUUCAGCUGCAGGGACUUGAGCAGCUAAUGCCGCUGCGGCAGGCGCUGCAGCUGCUGCAGAUGCCCAAAGGCCGUGUUGUUGCUCUCAGCUAA